UAUUCCAAGAGCACCGAGGAAGGCAGCGGCAUUGCCAAACGAACAAGACGAGGCAGCGAGCGGCGGAUUUGCGUCCCCAGCGGUGAAGAUCCCCGGUGGUCUCGCCCCCCACGAAGCGUCGCGCCGACGUCCUCCGGUAGCUCCAUCACCAGGUUCGAUUCGCCGCCCCCACCGGCUGCUGGCCUGAUUUGGUGCGACGGCGGCGGCGGCUCGAUUUGGUGCGGUGGCAGCUUGAUUCGCGGCUCGAUUGCGACGGCGUGCAGAGUCCUCGCUCAGCGUCGGCCGUGCGAGGGAGCGGCGAGGUGACGUGCAGCGGCGGUCUGCUCCGCGUCGCGCACGUCCAGUCACGCGGGGAUCAGGCGCCGGAUUGGAGACUGCAGUAACCUACAGAUUUCUGUGGUGGCAAUUUCUGGUUGCUUCUGUAACAUUAUUCUCUACAGAAGUAAAGAAUAUAUGGGCUGAUUUUGGCAUUUCAUGGGAGGUUUUGAAGAUGAUGAACCGCCAUCAAAACGGGCAAGAGCAUCCUCAGUAGAAUCAGCAAGUUUGUCAGACAUUCCCUGUUAUUCUAAACCCGCUAAUCCUUUGGGAGGUACAAUGGCUAGACCUUUGACUUCCCAAGGGAAAGAAGUUAUGGUUGGUUCUAAAGGUUUAAUUAAGAGGGAUGAAUUUGUGAGGAUACUCACAAAAUCUCUGUAUACUCUUGGAUAUGAAAAAACUGGAGCUGUUCUUGAGGAGGAAUCAGGUAUAACACUGCAUUCUCCACCAGUGAAUCUUUUUAGAAAGCAGGUACUUGAUGGGAAUUGGGACGGUGCACUCGUUACCUUGAACACACUUGGUCUUCUGGAUGAAAAUAAUGUGAAGUCCGCAGCAUUUUUGUUACUGGAGCAGAAAUUCUUUGAACUUUUGAGAACUGACAAUGUCAUGGGUGCUUUAAAGACGCUGCAAAGUGAAAUCUCCCCUCUUGGCAUUAACAGAAAAAGAGUUCACGAAAUGUCAAGUUGCUUAAUAUCUUUUCCGCAAAACGUCUUGGUUGGUUUUUCAAACCCUGGAAUUGAAUCUUCUAACUCACGGUUUAAGCUCCUAGAGGAAUUGCAAAAGGUGCUCCCCCCUACUGUUAUGGUACCUGAGAGGAGGUUAGAGAAUUUAGUUGAACAGGCACUCACUGUACAACGUGAAGCUUGUUAUCUCCAUAAUUCUGUUGAUGGCCUGUCACUCUAUAUCGAUCAUCACUGUGGGAGAGAUCAGAUACCAUCUCAGGCUGUGCAGGUUUUGUCUGCACAUCGUGACGAAGUAUGGUUUCUCCAAUUUUCAAACAAUGGAAAGUAUUUAGCAUCUGCAUCAAAUGAUAAAACCGCAGUCAUAUGGAAGGUUGAUGAAGAUGGAGAACUAUUGCUGAAGCACACAUUGACUGGUCAUGAGAAACCAGUGAUGAUGGUUGCAUGGAGCCCUGAUGAUUGCCAGCUUCUCACGUGUGGAAUGGAAGAAGUCAUCCGGCGCUGGGAUAUUGAAUCUGGCGAAUGUGUUCAUGUUUAUGAAAAAUCUGGCAUUGGUCUGGUGUCAUGUGGUUGGUUUCCAGAUGGAAAGCAAAUAUUGUCUGGUUUAAGUGAUCAAAGGCUUUGCUUAUGGGAUUUAGAUGGAAAACAAGCAGAUUGCUGGGAAGGGCAGAGGUCAACAAAAACAUCUGAUUUUGCUGUCUCAAAAGAUGGCAAACUUAUAAUAAGCACCAGUAGAGAUUCUGCAAUUCUGUUAUUCAAUAGGGACACAAAACAGGAGAGGCUGAUUGAAGAGGAGGAAACAGUCACUUCAUUUUCACUUUCGGAAGAUGGUGAUUUCUUGCUUGUUAAUCUUAUAAAUGAGCAGAUUCAUUUGUGGAACAUAAGGAAUGAUCCCAUUCGAGUUAAACGGUACACUGGCCAUAAGCGCAGCCGGUUUGUGAUAAGGUCAUGUUUCGGUGGAUCUGAGCAGGCCUUUAUUGCCAGUGGAAGCGAAGACGCAAAGGUCUAUAUAUGGCACAGAGCUAGUGGAGAUGUUAUCGAGACCCUGUCUGGCCACUCGGGUGCGGUCAACUGCGUAAGCUGGAACCCUGCAAAUCCACAUAUGCUCGCGUCUGCGAGUGAUGAUCAUACCAUUCGCAUAUGGGGGCUAAAGAAAGCCACCGCGAAGCGAAGGGAUGCAGGCAGCAGCAGUAAUGGGAUCCACAUGAACGGUAGUGCCAAUGGCAACGGUUUGGUUCACCAGUGCAACGGGAGCCGCAGCAAAUGACAAUGGCUCCGGUGGUAGCCGAUGCAACACUUUGCUUUCCUUCCUCCAGGAAGAACACCGUAGUCCUCCGACCUCCUUAUUCCAUCGCGUGUUACAAUUAUCACAUUUAUUUCUCAUUUCAAGAUGGAUACAAAUUCAAAUAUUGGUUAGCGCUUAAAAUAGUAUCUUUGCCCUAA